AUGAGACUCCUGCUCUCCAAAAAUUAAUCUUUCUCAAGAACACUGCUUUCACAGCAUUAGAAGAAAUUCUCUGCCCUUUACAGUUUUGAAGAAAGCAGACCCUCCCUUACUUCUAACAAAUUCCUGUUAAUUUAGAACCCAAUAGAUACUCUUCCAUAUAUCUAAUUCAAUCAAAGAGGAAAUAAGAUAUAGCUGAAUAAGGAUUUAAGUUUAGCAGAGCUAGAGAAAUAGCUAAAAUAGACUGGAGAAAUUAAAAACGAUGCUGAAUUUUAUGCUCCUGAUGGUGCUUCUAUUGCUAAGGUAUCAAAAGUCCAUCAUUUACUUCACAUUCCAUAUUUCGUUAUGAGAUUAGAUAAUAUUCGCGAGUACAAUGUGAUGAGUGAAAAGAGUUUCAGUUUACGCAAUAAGAAAUUCACCCUUAACGUUGAAGAAAAAUCAGUCUAUGAUGCUUGCAAGGAUCUUAAUAUGAGAGAUUAAAAAGCAGUAGAGAUUUCACGAUUCCUGAGCAAAUUUCAAAAUCAGAUUCAAGUCAAACCUGAAUGGAGUUAAAAUGAAAUCCUUAUUGUGAUUAGAGAGGUACUAGCAACUAAAGCCCGCAAUACAAAAUAAGAAAAAGAAGUUCUUGGACUUUAACUUGCUUUGCUUAAGAAGCAAAGAGAGCCUACUUAUAAAAUGAUUGCAGAGAUCGAGACUCAAGCCGAAAAAUAAACUCACAGAGUUCUACUAUCAUUCUGCAGUAUUUUUGUUACGUAAUUCAUGUUGGUGCAAUAUGGUACAUACAUUGCAUUCUCUUGGGAUAUAAUGGAACCAAUAACUUGCGGUAUGACUCUAGGUGAUGCAAUUUGCUCCUACUUCUUUUGGCUAUGGUCAAAGAAACCAUAUUCAAUUGCUGGUUUGAAAGAAUUCUUCUUUGAGAGAAAGAAGUCAAAGUUAAUCAGAAGAAAUAAUUUAGACUACGACAACUUUUUAAAGACUGAAGAAGCAAUUCAAAUUAUUAAAAACCGUCUCAAGGAACUCGAAUGA